AUGGCAGCUAACCAGGAUGUUAAUGACGAGGUUAAUGGUGAGGUUAAUGGUGAGGUUAAUGAUGCUGGACAACAGAGGCUAAGGGAGUACAAGUCCUGGUCAGAGACUCAUGAUGUAGUGUUCAUCGACUGCCUACUGGACUUGGUUCAGUCUAGGGAGGUGGAGUCAGGAAACCUGAAGAACGGGGGAUUCAAGAAGCUGGAGGUUAUGAUGAGGAAGAGGAUUCCGGGUUUCAAUCUGAAUGUCAGGUCACGACAUCGCUGGUUCAAGAACAAGUACAACGCCAUAUAUGAUGUCCAAAAUGGAAGUUGUAGUGGGUUUGGUUGGGAUGAGUCGAAAAAGAUGAUUGUUGCUGAUGAUGAUGUUUUCAAGGAUUGGACCCAUCCAGCGUUUUCUGGACUCAACAGCAAGGCCUUUGUCUAUUUCGACCAGCUUAGCAGAAUCUUUGGUAAGGAUAGAGCAGUGGGAAGUCAAGCAGGUUCUGCAGCUGAUAUGGAAGUAGAGGGUCGUGUUAGAAGAGCUUUCACUGAGGAACCCAUGAUGUAUGAUGAUGAAACUUGUCAACGUGUCUUAGAGGAGAUGAUAAAUGAAGGUGUUAACCAUAGAGAGUUGCUUGAUGAACCAGAAACAGGUCGUAGUAAGACAACUAAUGUAGCUGGAGGUAACAAGAGGUCAAAGACCGAUAAAAGUUCUACGAGUCAUGUUGUGGCUGCUGAGAUCGAGAAAAUGCGUCCUCUAAUGGAGAAGGCUAGCACGAACAUUGAGAGGAUGGCGAAUAGCUUUUGCCAUGAAGAUCCAUUGAUGAUUAGGAGAGGAAGUCUGUUUGAGGAGCUGUCUAAUGUUGAAGGUUUGACACAGGAUCAAGUGCUUUCAGCUGCUAUGAUCCUUGUCAAGGACGAUAGGAUUGCCCAGCUCUACUACCAACUGCCCACAGAUGAAAAAAAGCUUCACUUUCUACUUGGUCUCAUCAACUAA